AUGCACAAUGGUUCCUUGGACCGUCACAUAUACGACAGAACAAAAGGGCCAUUGCUAGACUGGUCUAAGCGACUCAAGAUAAUCAAAGGGUUAAUAGAGGGGCUUGUUUACAUGCACAAAGGCUCCAUGUUAUGGAUUGUCAAUAGGGACUUGAAACCAAAUAAUAUCCUCUUGGAUUAUAACAUGAACCCAAGGAUUGCUGAUUUUGGAUCAGCUAGAGCACUGAGUUCAGAUGUAGCAGAAGAACAUACAAACAUGGUUGUGGGCACUUGUGGUUACAAAGCUCCGGAGUAUGCAUCUCGAGGAGUUUACUCAGUGAAGACGGAUGUGUUCAGCUUUGGCGUCUUGGUUCUGGCAAUCAUAAGCGGACGGAAGAAUACCAUACUCGAGAAACAAGGGGAUACUGUUGGUGACCUUGUACGCUACGCCUGGCAUAUGUGGAAGGACCAAAGAUUGCAUGAGCUUGUUGAUCCGUCUCUAGGGAACGGAUAUGAAAUCGCCGAGAUAACACGUUGUGCUCAGAUGGCACUCCUUUGUGCCCAGGAAGAUCCAGCAGAUCGGCUCACCAUGACAGAUGUUGCCACCAUGCUGAACUUUGAAAGCAUGAGCUUAUCAAUGGAGCCUAAGCAGCCUACAGUGCUGAGUAAAGUAAGUGAUGGUGAAAGCACGGCAUCUACAUACAUGGGCCAAUCAAGCAGGACAAUAGACAUAACCAUCACGAGCUCAGCUCCCAUGUCGACUAGAGUUCGAAUCGUUCUGAACCCGGAGGUUUGA